AUGUCAUCACUGAAGCGCGGUAUCUGUAUGCUGGAAGGCCUGAUCACGCAGGUACAAGAUUCUGACAUCGCGCAAGCCCGGAAGAAGAGAUUCAUCCCAGAAUCUAAGGGCUACAUCGACAUCAUCAAGCCCGGAGAAGACGUUGUGCCCAUCACCGCUGCCCAGUACGAACAGCGCAUCCAGCAGCCCCCACCGAGCUGGGACAACAACCUCAUCGUCUGCACCUCAAUAGAAGCACGCGACCUACUCCAGCGCUUUACCCUCCAAAUCCCUCUCCUGGUCCCCUCAGAACUAAACAACAGCCCGGAACCACGCACCCUCUACUCCGCCCAGCACUACGAAGCAGUCCUUAAAUUCCGCAACCACGCCUCAAUCGAACCCUACAUGGACGUCCAAGACCUCACAUCCAAAAACAUAACCCGCCGCCUCACCAUUUCCACCGCCCUAAAACGCAUGUCCGACCCAACCGCCCUCCCGAUAAACCUGCUCGACAUCCGGCCCGUACGUCAAAACGUAUUACCCUGGGAGCUCGACAACCUGACUGACUACAGCAUCCUAUCCGAAGCGACAGAAUACGGUGGCAUGUCCAACCACUCGGACCCGAACCCCAGCGAUCUCUCUAGUAAAACUGGUUUCGCGCUCUGGGGCAAACGCGGCGUAUGGUCUUUCCCUCACGUUGACGAACACGGCCUCUACACCGGCGUGUUGUGUGAGACUGGCUCGAAACUCUGGUUCACAUGGUCGCUUUCCGACUCUGAACGCGAGGAAUGGGCUGUAUCGCGACAAGCAGGUAUCCAGUAUGCACCAAACAAACCCGGUUUUCCUAUUUACCUCAAGAAAGGGGAUUUAUUACUUAUGCCACCAGGAACUGUGCACGCGCCGCUGAGUCUGGAAGAUGUGAUUAUGCAUGGGUUCCAUCAAGACGAUGGUGGAGACGGCGAGGAGUGCGUUGUUGGAUUUGAGGUUUCCGAUGUGUACGAAUGA